UUAUAAAGGGUAAUUAUUAAUAUAAUUUUUGUGGAAAACAAAUUUUGAAUUAAAUCGAACGAAAUGUAGUCCGUUAAAUUUUUAUAGAAGAAGUGUUUUCUCGAGAGAGGCUAGCUUGUGAUAUCCAUUUUUCUGUUACAAAAUAUAAACAAAAAAAAAAUGAUAUCCUCUCUUCUUCCUCUUUCAUAUUUCUUCAACAAACUGAGAAGCUGGGUGAGUGGAAAAGAAGGGGGACGCGUAGUGCAAGCAAAAUAAUUCAACCAAAUCAAAGAAGAUAACGUAUCAUGUAUGUUGGACGUCGAGGUAUGGAAGACGGCUCCGCAAAAUUAAUGCUCUGCGUUCAACAACUGCAGAAAUGGCGGAAAGCAGAGAGCCUUUAAAGCAUCGUACACACGCUUGUUGAAUCCCACUCACCAAAUCACAAUCACACUGACAUGUCCUUUUUAGCUUUCCAAAUUUGGCCACAUUCCGCCAGGAUAGCUUUCUUUUAAUUGCAUGCAAGGCUGCAAUCAAUCAUGAUUCAUGUGGUUGGGCGAUAGGAUUACCUGCAGGUAUCCAGCUCUAUAAAUUCAGGCCAAGCUUCAUAGUUAGUUGUAUUCCCCAUACGAGAUAACCCAAGCUUGCCUCUACAUUCUUCUUUCUGGGGAGUAAUUGGGUAUCUAUGGCGGCGAAGACAGCGGGCGAACCCAUGAGUGGGAAGCUGGAGGCAGAGGUGGAGCUCCAUUGCUCGCCGGCGAAGUUCUACGACGUGUUCAGGAACACAGCUCACCACAUGCCAAACCACUCCCCGACUCAUAUUCAGGCGGUGCAAGUCCACGAGGGCGAUUGGGAUUGUCAUGACACCGUCAAAUUCUGGAUCUACACCUGCGAGGGGAAGCUGGAGGUGUUCAAGGAGAGAGUGGAGUACGACGAUGCCAAGAGAACAAUGAAGCUGAAUGGGCUGGAGGGGGAUGUGAUGAAGCUGUACAAAGUGUACAACGUAAUCUUUGAAUUUGUAGCCAAGGAGGACGACAAUGGCGAGGGGAAGCAGCAGGGGGUGGCCAAACUGACGAUUGAAUACGAGAAGCUGAAACCAGAUGUGCCGCUUCCUACCAAGUAUAUGAACUUCGUCACCCUCCUUGUCAAGGAGGCUGAUGCUAGCCUUGCCAAAGCUGCUUGAUUGAAUAUUGAUCGACCGAUUCAUCAUCGACUUCGCCAUAUGCAUGCAUCUUAUCUUCGUUAUUCGUUGCUCUUUCUUGGUGUGCUCGUUCGAUUGGAUCGAUGUUUUCCAUUUUCGGAUUGGAUGUAUCGGCUAUGUUAGCUAAUAAUCAAUGUUUCAAAAGUAUAUGCAAACCAUUAAGAAAGAGUGCUUGUGUUAUUGUUGUUAAGGUGUAUAUGCUAUAAAUGCUAAAUAAAGUGGGUGAAAAGGUGAAUUAUAAACCUAAGGAUAAUGUUAAAAGCAUGGCUGAUGGACAACGAAUUCUCAAAGUUGAGGGGGUUGAUUACCAUAACACCAUUGCUUCUCUAGCAAAACUAGUUAUAGUUCAUGACACUGGGUUGCUAGGACGAAGUCUUGAUCACACCCUAAUGUCAUCAAUGGCUCUAUACUUAGCUUUUUUGUUGCCCUAUCUUGCUGGCCACCUCAAUGGUAGGGAUGGGCAUUCGGUCGGUUCGGUUUACCGUCCGAAAUUAUGAAUAUCGGGUCCCCGAUUUCUCCCAAACCUCAAACCGAAUUCAAACCGAAUUAUAAUUCAGUUUGGUCGGUUUAAACCGAAUUAUAAUUCGGUUUGGUUCGGUUUUUCACACAAAACCGAAUUUGUGAAGCUACUUAUAUUUUCUCAAUUUUAAAUGAUUUUUCACCCCUAAUAUAAACAAUAAAUAUCAAUUAUAUGCAUCAUCAAUGAUAAAAUCAAACUUUUCAACACAUAAGUCAUAAAACAUUUCAAAUAUUUAAGUCUAAAAACAACUACAAACAUAAAAAUCCACUAUUUGGAGCUUGCAAUUAUAGUAUUUCGGUUUUUCGGUCGAAAAUUCAGUUCAGUUGAAAGAACCCUGGUUUCCGAACUAUCCAUAUUUUUCUUCCGAAUUCCGAACAGAAUUGUCAUAGUCGAUAAGCCACUCUUACCAGCUUGCUAGCAAGUCCGAUCCGGAAUUGGUACCCCAUUAGCUUGCCACUAAGUCGGUCUUACCACCUUAGUUAGUCUCCAUGCGGCCUCUUAAGGGGCUCGACACCAAGUUCUCAUCAAGUUGAUACACUAGAUGACAAGUCUUCACCAUCGAGGUUCUAUACUUAGUCUUCAAAUUUUAGGGAUUGUCCAUGUCGGUACCCUGGCAACAAGUCUCCACCCUCGAUGUUCCAUACUUAGUAUUCAGAAUCUAUGGAUUGUCCAUGAAGGAAUGGUACCCCAUUGCGUGACCACCUCAGGUAGUCUCCGGACAUUUUUUAGAGCUUGUCAAGUUGGUACCUUGGCGGCCUACUAGCCACCUUGUCACCUCCUCAUCGAGUUGGCCCCCUUCCAACAUUAUCUCUAUACUUACAGUUGUUUAGAUUUGAACAAGUCUAUUGUUUGAUUGUUGGAUUUGAUUAUGGAUUUUUUUUGCUUAAUUAGAUUUGUGGAUAUGAAACACAAAUUAUCGUGUUAAUCUUAAUUAAUUAUAUUCUAUUAUAAUCUAAAUUUUCCUUAAAAAUAAAUUCAACACCUACAAAAAAAUACUCUUUACAACUACUUUGUGAACUAAUAAUUCCUAUAUAUCACAACUCAACUACAAAUAUAAGAAAAUUUUUAGCACAUU